CGAUAUUGUAUUGGUCAUAUUGUAUCAGUAUCGGUUAAGAUCAAUCCCUAAUUCUUGACCAAUCUGGAUCAGUUAUUCAUAUCGUUUCAGUGGUAAAUCAAUAAAAAAUCAUACUUUUUUUGAAAAGCAAGGGGCAAGAAUGAUCGAUACAUACCGAUCUUCUUCGAUACCAAUCUGGAUCACAUCGGUGUCGGCAGAGAACUAAAUCCAUGGCUCAACAUUCCCUUCUCUAUAGCAUUGUGAAGCGCCUCUUUAAGCUGUCACCUCUGAAAGUGGUCCCAAUUUUUCCAGUCCAAUUAUAACUAUCCUCAUCUUAAUCGAAAAAAAUAUAUAUAUCUUGUGGGUAAGGCAAAAAACAGAGUAUCGUGUUUGCACUUCAGAGAGACAGAGAGAGAGAUGAGUUGGUUUUGGGUUUCGAGUAUCGUGUUUCCACCUCCUCCAUCCGUCUUCAUCGGAGCCAUGUCCGCCAUCAGCUUCCUAUCACUAGCUUCAGGUGGUUACUCCGAGGUAAGAGGCAAACACAUGCAGUACUCCAAGUUCUGGGACGUGAAUCCCCUGAAGAAGAAGAAGAAGAUAGUCUCCAGCAGAACCGGCAUGCUUUUCUUGUAUACUCCGGCUUUUCUAGCUGCUGUUUCCUCUCUUGCCAUUUUCCCAGAUGAGGGGCUUAGGUUUAUGCUCGUCGAUGCAGCUCUCUCCAUCCAUUUCUUCAAGAGGGUCUUAGAGGUGUUGUUUAUUCAGAAAUAUAGUGGAAGGAUGGUUCUUGAUUCUGUCAUCCCAAUCACCCUCAGCUAUUUCGUCAGCACAGCAAGCUUGAUCUAUGCCCAACACUUGACACAAGGAAUCCCUGAACCAGCAUUUGAUCUGAAAUAUGUAGGGGUUACUCUGUUUUUAGUUGGAAUUGUGGGAAACUUUUACCACCAUUACAUCCUUUCAAGAUUAAGGGGGAAAGGUGAAAAAGGGUAUAAGAUCCCAAGGGGAGGUAUGUUCAACUUGGUGAUUUGUCCACACUAUCUUUUUGAAAUUUUAGGUUUUGUAGGAGUCUCCUUCAUCUCCCAGACUUUGUAUUCAUUUUCAUUCACUAUGGGUACCAUUCUGUAUUUGAUUGGAAGGAGUUAUGCUACUAGAAAAUGGUACCUCUCCAAAUUUGAUAAUUUCCCAAAGGAAGUCAAGUGUCUGAUCCCUUUUCUCUUUUAAGGGCAUAAGAUGGAAACAAAAUGAAUGUAAGGUGGUAAUUGAAGUAGUUAUUCUUCAAUACAAAGUAUUAAAGUUUUUGGGCUUGUGCCAAAUGCUUUUUUCCCUUCA